AUGGCUGAAGCUCUUAGUGAUGAUCUCGAACUUAAUACCAAUGCUUCAGUAGCUGUUCAAGUCAACUAUCCAGGACCAAAAUCUGAUAUUCAAUAUCCAUUAAAUGUACAAUAUUGUGGCGAUCCUGAACGAUGUCGUGAAUGGCUUGAACGAACAUUACCUGAUUUAUUAAAUCAAAUGCAAUCGACCGGUUCUGGUGAUGAUAAAAGUGGUGAAAAAAAAAGACAAACUCGAGGUGGUAAAGGUAUGCCAAAAGGAAAGAAAAAAAGUGAAGCUCAAAAAAUUAUACUUAAUAAACAACAAAGAAAAGGAAAUAAAUAUGUUACUAUUGUUCAAGGUCUUGCAUCAAAUGAAGUUGAUAUGGAAUUAGCACGAAAAUUUUUUGCUCAAAAAUUUUCAUGUGGUUGUUCAAAAUCAGGUGAUGAUGAAUUAACUAUACAAGGUGAUGUUGUCAGUGAACUUAUCGAUUUAUUACCUGAAAAAUGGAAUCAGAUUAAUCCUGAACUAAUUGAAGAUAAAUCUUGA